GCCACUUUUUUGUGUAGCAGGUGCGGAGAUAGUGUUUUCGAUUGUGCAGGUUAACGUUUUACCGUCAGCCCAAGCUCACGGUCCCCGUCAGAGCCGUGUCGUCGUGCGUGAUGGCAGGGGUUGGCGGCACCGCCAGCGUCGACGUCCUCUAUGACACCCUGGCGAGUGCGACGUCGGCCCCGGAGUCGCGGGCCCAUACCGCGGCCCUGGACGUCGUGGUGCACUACCUGCGGAUGAUCUGCGCCUGGCCCGAGGGCCGUGGGCCGCUCGCGCGCUUUCUCGGUGAGUACUUCUUGCCGCUCUCCUUCGCUGCGUCGGGCGUGCCGCAGCUGGUGUACUUCGGCCUGGGCGAGCACGACAAUAACGUGGAGCUUUUCGGCCUCCUGGCGGACGCGCUCGGGUCCAUUAUCAGCUGCUUCAAGAUGCUCCACCUGCAGAAGCACGCCGUGACGAUCAUGGCCGUUCGCGAGAUCCUGGCCGACUUCACGCCGAUGGAACGCUCUUUGGCCAGCCAGGCCCUGCCGCUCAACGAGCGCUGCGAGAGACAGAGCGCAACAAUGUUACGGCGCUGCAUACGAACUUACUCGGUGUUGUCCGUAAUUGGCUCCUUCUCCAUGAUCCUCGCCGUCAUCCGCAACGACCCCUGGUACUUCGUCAAGGCACCCCGAUAUAUGAUGGAGACGCGACCGCUCUUCACCUUCAUGGUCGCCAUUUCGACGAUCGAGUUGUACGUCGCCCCAGUGGCAGUAGGUGUUUUUGACGGCCUGCUUAUCAUGCUGAGCCUCCACCUAGUCUGCAAGUGCGACGUGCUAGUCCUGAUGCUUCGGAAGACGGUGCGCCGGGACGCCGAUGAGAUUGGCCUCCAGGACGCCGCCGAGCAGUGGGAGUGCCUGCGCCUGUGCGCGGUCUACCACCAGCACAUCAUCAGGCUGCACCGUGCUUCCGAGUCCUUCUUCUGCACCAUCGCCUUGUGCCAGAUGUUCUACACCUUCUUCGGCCUGGGCACCCCGCUCUUCCGCAUGCUGGACAAAACGCAGGAGGUGGACCCGCAGGACAUCGCCUAUAGUGCCGCCUACGUGAUGUGUCCCUUUCUUCAACUGUUCACCUACUGCUAUUCCGGUGACAUCGUGGCUAAGGCUUCGACGCGGCUGUCCUUGGCGACCUACGGGUCGUUCCACCCGUCGCUGUCCGGGAAGGAUACGAAGCUGGGACGCAUCCAGCACAUGAUUGUCCUGCGCGCGCAGAGGCCCCUGUUCCUUACAGCGGGCCGCUUCACGAACCUCACGCUGAAACUGUUCCAGGACGUGAGUGAUAAAGCCUUUAGAAUGCGCAGAGGAGCGAGGGGUCGAUCGCUCAUAGUUGUGCAUCGAAUAUAUGGAAUAUUUUGGGAAUAUGAUGGUCUUGCAAUAUCUUGAAAAAAAUUGAUGGGAAAUCUCUAAUACUUGAAGAAUAUCUGGAAUACUCUUAGAAUUUUUGUUGAAUAUUUUUCAGUGUGUACAUGGGAUAUCCAAAUGGUCCACCCCUCGCAGAUAAACGUUUCGUCGUUGAUGUUGUGUUUUGGACGAUACGGUUUUCUGGGAGCGGCGCA